GCGAAACUGUGAAAUAGAAGACUUUAGAGUACAAUCCAGAAGUUUUGUUUUACUUAUAUCCUGAACGUUGUUAUCACCGCAACGCACAUCUUGUUUUUUAAAGUUUUACGGAAUGACAUCGAACCCUUUCAUUCUCCCGGAUUUUGAGACUAUAUUUGAAUUAAGAGAUAAAGAGAAGGAAGAAAAGCUCAAGAGGGUAAGGGAGCUUUCUCAGUUAAAAGUGCAUGAGAAAAUUCCAUAUGACAAACAAGUUAAAACAAGACGUUCUUUCCUCGAAGAACUUUCUACCGACAUAAGAGAUAGCACCACUGAUGCGGACAAUACUGCUUUUAUCUUACAGAAAACAAAAAGACAAUUCACUGACAGAGAAACAAAGGAUCAAUUCAUUGCGAAUAGGCGAGAAAUGUUUUUUCUGGAGUAUUCUAUCGCUGUUCAGCGGGCAGAACUAAAACGAUUGGUUGACCUAGCGUCUCACGAAGAGAAAAAGCUAGAACUUGCUGAACAGUGUUUAGAACAAGAUGCUGCACUUUUCGACGAGUUUUUAAAGGAGAAUGAUAAGAGUUCUGUCGAAGCAAUUGCUAGUUCUGAACAGGAAGGUCGUAAACGCGCCAUGAUGGUUGAUAAAAUUAAACAGUUAACUCUACAAAAAUCACAAAUCAAUGCGGAGAUUACAAGACUAAAAGAAACUGUAAAGGAUUAUAAAUAUUUCAAGGGAUUUAUUGAGCGUUUAAUUCCAGAACCGUUCAAUACACUAAGACAAAAUACUAAACAAAAUAAGCAACAAAUGAAAUAUAGACAGAAAUUAUUGCUUGAAAGUUUUAAUUCAAAGCCAUCAUCAAUUGCUUCAAGUGAAAAAUCUAAUCGGAGACCAUCUUUCGUUUUAACUAGAAGAUCAUCACUAAUGUCAAUCGCAACUACACCACCGUCUAAAGAAGUGAAAAAAUUGAAAGAGAUUCAACCAUACGAUGACAGUUCAAGCAGUGAAGACAGUGAUGACAACGUGUAUUUUACAAAUCCUGUACAAAUAUUAAAUAUAAUGCGUGAUUUAGAGGACACUAAUUUACGAUUGAUUCAGCACUGUCAAGAAUCAGAUGAUACCAUUGAAAUAUUACGGAAUCAAGUGAACGAAAGUGUAGAUAACUAUCAGAAGGAUGUUCGCAUUUUAUCGAAACACCAAACCUCCCUUCAAGAAGCCAUUAACUCGGAAAAAAUUAAAACUCAAUGCUUAAAUUUGAGUAUGAGUGACUUUUUAUUUUCGGGUUACAAUUCAGAACAGCAGAAAUUAAUUUUGAACGAUCUUCAUGAAACUAUUACUGAGGUUUAUCGAGAUACUAUUCGGAAAUCUGACACACCAUUGAGUUCACUACAAAUGUUAUACGAAAUUGAGGCUAAAAUGGUUGACCUACUAGAAUUUCUGCAAACGCUUCCUGAAGAUGAAGUAAAGGAAGUGAAACAGGCCAAAGAAGCUGAACAACGACAACAAAUUAAAGAAGAGAAGAAGAAUCAACAACGGAUAUAUCAAGAGGAGCGAAUACAAAAGGCGUUAGAACGUGCAAAAGCUGAACCAAAGAAACAAGUAAAUAAUUAAUAAUAGAAAUUAGUAGUAGUUAACAAUGACCAGUAGUUUAAAAGAAUGAGGAAAUCUGGGUAAAUGAAUGACUGGACUGUAUGCAUUAUCUACACCUAAUGAGGCUAUUAGUAAGUAUUAUUGAUUGUGUGCUGUGAACCAGAACAGGGGAGUUGCCUAGCUAUAUUUUAUGAAUGAUGAUUAUGUGGGCGAUGUUAGAUUGUGUUGAAAACUGUUUUGAACUCAACGGAUCAACCGAAAUCAUUAUUACAAAUAGGAAUUUCUGCUUUCAUAUAUAUUUUGUCCCAUUUUAAGAUUUCAGUAGUUAUUUCGUUAACCAUCACAUAUUGUCAACUCACUUACCAUUGCAAUAAUCACUUACCUGAAAUCAGGAUUCACAAAUCAUUGAAAACUUUUGUUUACUGUAGAUUUUUCUUACAUCAUAAGCUAGUUCAGACAUCAGGACAAUUAAGACUCCGUGGCAUUAUCGUGUCGGUUAGACCAGUGACUGAAUCAGUAAGUGAAUUGUGGCAAUUUUUAACUGCUUGACUUUUUUUCAUGAUUCUACGUUGAAAAACCAGACAGUCAGUCACAUCACACUAAACACAGUAAGGUUCAAACAACUGAAUCAGUUAUCAACUGGUGUGUCUGGUCUACACACAUGUCUUACACGCAGCUACUUAGUUGGCCAAUAACCCCGUAUCAUAUUGCUGAUUUGUUGGCUUCUUGUAUCCUACUGAAAAAAAACUAGAACUGGAUACUUUUUACCUAGUAACAGGGUCUUAUUUCACCAAUACUAGUUGAUGUAGGAUUUCGAUGAGGGAAGCUAUGAUUUCUUAGCACAAAACAAUUUACUGUUCAACGUAUUAUCUAAUUGUUGAUGCAAUCUAUUUGAGAGAGUGUGAGAACAGCGGUUUGAGAUACUAGAAUUCAGUGACCAGAACCUCUUAGUGAAAAACUCGAAGUCACUACGGAGGAGCCGGUUGUUUAGAAAUAAUUUCACUCAAAAGCUACAUAAUUUAGGAGAUAUUAAAUUGUGGUAUUAGGUCAACUUGGUCUUCGUAAGCAGUUAAACAUAUCAUCAAGGAGAAUUAAAUACAUUCACAGAAGACAUUUAUUUUGUAUACUCAUUUAUAUACCUUCAUUCUAGAGUGUUAAAAACAAAUGAACAAUUUUUGGCAGAUAUUCGGAUUUCUAAAGUGCAUUUGAUGAAUAAAGAGCUUACGAGUGAAUUCAAUGAAAAACAGAAUUCUCAUUCUUGACGAUGUUUUAGUUAUUCAGUCUUCUCUGAAUCCCUUCAAAGAACAGUUUAUUUUGUCAUUUAAGAAAAUUGAUAUUGCACUAAUUACGUCUAUUUUUAAAAAAUCUUUAUCUUACAAAUCCUAUAGACUGGGCGCAGACUGGUGACUCGAUCACAGCCUCCAGUAAUACAUAAAUCAGAUGACAAGAAAAAUGAUGCAGAAGCUAGAGAAGCAAAGGAGCUAGCCUUCUUAUUCGAAUGAAUAUGCUUUAACUAAUAAUAAUAAUAAUAAUCAAAACAGUAACAGUCUAACUUACAAAUUUAUCCACAGCUUUUCUUAAUAUUUUUCUACGCAUAAUAACCAUACUACUUAUAAUAAUAAUUAUUAUUAUUAACAUUCAAGAUUUUGUAAACUUUUCGUGUGCAGAUGUACAUUUUUACGGAUCGCAAAUUUCUCAUAUAGGGGCAACUGGGUAUGAUUCUUUAUUCCCAAUGCAUUGCUGAUCAACUGUACAAUGAAAAUAAAGUUUUAUCUUUGCUUGGUUUACCACUGAUAAAUUUAUUUCUCAUUCACACCCUACAGUAUGCUGUGCUCCAUAAUGUUUUAGCUUUGGCGAUGAACUCCUAACCAGACUUUUUCAGCUAGUGGUCAGUGUAUA